AUGUUUGCAUUUGCCAAGAAACUGGUCAAUCAACUUGAACAACAGGCCACUGAGCAGAUUUCCAAUCUUUCGCUCAAUUCCCAUGAGGCAGACACGUAUUUCAAGCAGAAGGGCUCGGGAUGGGGUCUGAGAGUACUGAGUGUGGAACGUGGAUCUAUAUGUGCCAACCACGGAUUCGAGUCCUGGUUUGACUUCAUAGUUGGUGUGAAUGACUACGAGAUCAACCUUCUGAUUGGCGGAGCCGACUCGGAAGAAAACGUUGCUGUUGGCAAAGUUGACUACACAAGGCUGCUGGGCUUUCUAAAGAAUCUGGUCGAUAAUCUCCAGCCAAUAAGGUUCCAGGUGUGGAACGCAAAAGGCGGAACUUUGAGGACGAUUACAGUUCCUUCAGAGGAAAUUGUCAACUCUGGGAUUGCAAAGACCUCAGAAUUGGAUGACGUUAGCUUGGAGAAACCGUCCAACGAGGGAGUCGUCAAGAACGAUGCUUUCAAGAAGCUGGGAAUGUCUUUGCAAUAUGCACCUCUUGAAGCGGCUACCUAUGUGUGGCAUGUGCUGAAUGUCAAGGCCAACUCGCCUGCCUACCAGGCUGGGCUUUUGCCAGGAGCAGAUUAUAUCAUUGGAUCCCAAGAUGGACUGCUGGCUACUGGUGGUGAGGAUCUUUUGGGCAAAGUGAUAACAUCGUUGUAUCUUCGUUCCAAGUCCCAAGACGAGAAGAAAAGUCAGCUUUCUGUUAUUCUUUAUGCUUACAACCAUGAUUUUGAUAUCGUGAGGCCGGUGACCAUCUAUCCCAACGAGGAGUGGGGUGGUGGAGGACUGCUUGGAUGCGAUGUUGGAUAUGGUUUGCUCCACCGUUUGCCUGAAGUGUUUGGGAAAUUUGGUGAAGCGAAAAGUGGCGAUUCCGAUGAGGAAAUGAACUACAACGAUUUUAGUCCUGGAACAACAAUGUUUGCAACUCCCGGCGAGACCAAACCAACUACGUCGUCACCAUUAACGUCCCAGACGUUUGUUCCUGCCUCGGUGGCACCUCCUCCUCAUUCCAGCAAGUCCAAGCGUAAGCCCAAACAUGUUGCAAACGAUCUAAGCUCUUAUUUCGAGGAGGAGACAAAAAAGUCGAAGGAAAUGGAUGGCAGUAAAGCGGUGACUUCUCAUGGAGACAUUCCACCUCCUCCAUCAGUUCUUGCACAUAGUGAGGAACAUGAAUAA